AUGGUGGAUGUGACGCACACAAACUUGAGGGAAUGGCUGCCCACGCUGAAGAGCACCAUCUCCAAAUCGUCGUUUAUUGCAAUCGACUACGAAUUCCUCGGAAUUCCUACCACUGAAGAUGUCGUCUCGCUUUUCGAUUCCCCCGAAACAAGAUACACAAAAUACCUGGAGUCGGUCCGGAAGUUCCCACCGUGCCAGCUGGGCAUCGCCUGCUUUAUGAACAACGAUGAGGGCAGCUAUUGCGCCGAGGUGUUCUCGUUCCCCGUCUUCAAGCGGUUGACCCCAAAAGUGUUCUCCUUCGAGCUGCCGUCGAUGAAAUUUCUCGCUAAGCACAAGUUCGACUUCAACAAGUGGCCGACGGUGUCUCCUACGCAAACAAAAAAUGAUCUGGCUCGAUACAGGAAAGAAAUCGAACGCCAGGAGAUUGACUACGACAUUUUUGCCGACAACCUGGAAUACCGCAUCAAAAUGCUGAAGCUGCACGUGCUCGAGGAGGCCCACAUUCACAAUAACCCGGCGUUCCUGGAGUCGUCAGCGGUGCGCAGAAGAAAGACGGCAUCGAUGGCAGUUGAAGGGCCAUUGAAUCUGGUUGGGCCCAUGCUGAUUCAGCUAUCACCCGAAGGCAUCGUCUACGCGACAGAGGGAAUGGCGCCUGUUAGUGCCCCACUCUGGGAUCGCGAGCUGUCCCCGGUCGAGGCGUCGAUUGUCGUCUACGAGAUGACCCUCCAGUUUCCGAAUUGUGAAUUCCACGUCGACCCCACGAGGACUAUUUUGUAUUGCGCCGAGCAGCAGCGCAUCUUCCGGCGUGGUGAUGUCGGGGAAGAGCGGCUGAGAGUGUUGCUGGAAAAUGUAAUGAUCGAAAUCUCUGGCCUGUCGCAGUUGAUCCACUGGAUGGCCGAGGAAAAGAAGCCGAUCAUCGCCCACAAUUCACUCCUCGACCUGCUCUACACGUAUCACUGCUUCGAGUACGAGCUGCCGGAGGAGUACUCCGCAUGGAAAGGAGCCCUCCAUCGACUUUUCCCCUGCAUCAUCGAUACGAAAAUCAUGGCCGCAUCGCUGCAAGAUCUCCUCCGAAAGCACGGCGUCACCGAUUUCUCGCUGCAAACCCUCGGCAGCUUCUUCCACUCGCCGUCUUGCGGAGAGAUACUGCCCCUCACCGUGUCGUUCACCUCAUACCACUCGCAAUCAGCGUUUACGCCCGAUGAGCACUACCACAACGCGGCCUUCGACGCACUCAUCACCGGCGAGGUCUUCGUCAAGCUGGCCUACCUACAUGCGAUGAAUAGAAACAAGGACAAAUACGCGUUCAACAAGCUGUGGCCCCUCGAGAACCUCGUCUACGUCUGCCGCGCCGAUUUCGCCAACCGUAUCCCCGUCCGGCUGAUGGAUUCGCUGUACUGUAAUUUGAUAGGCUCCGAUCCGGCCGGCGAGCGCCCGCACAUCUUCCGGUUGACGCCGAAACGAGCCGGGCCUGCCUGGGCCCAGUCGAUAGCCCCUGUUCGUUGGAUCGUCACGUUGCUGAGUAAUGAGCCGACACUGAUCAGCGAGCAAGACUACACGACAUUCCGCCACGACGUGCGUAGGCGUUUCGGGUCGACCCGGGUUGAUGCGCGGCUCGCCCCCACGCGGGCAUACAUCGAGAUUGCUACAAAUACGGCUAAUACUUUUGGCCGUGUGUGCUCGUGGUUGGUGACGAUGGAUCAGUACGAAUUGCCGGCCGGCAUCCGCGAACAACAAUAUGAGGAGAGACUCAUCUCUGCCUCAACCUAUGCCAGACAGCGGUCCACGAGAAGCCGAAAGCCCGAGGAGAGUCACUCGACUCAACUGCUCGAAAUCUACAUCAAGACCCCGGAAGACUACAUGAAUGCGAUGAGCCAGGCGGCCGUGAUGGGCCCCGUCGAGUCGUGCAACGAGGAUAUUGACGAGCUGCUCCGCUUCCGCACGACGCGCGACAACGAGCUGAUGAAGGCGGUGGCGAACACGCAGAUCCGCUGCCUGCACAACAAAUUCAAGGACCACACCCUCACCGCACACGCCCAUUUGGCCUAUACCAAUACCAACCGCUCGUUCUUCGGCCUCUCGGAAGAGUUGGACGAGACCCACCUCGAGCCCCUCUUCUCUACCAUCAAACACGGCGGUGUUGUCCGCUCGAAUGGACCGAAUUGCCCACCGGAAGUGGAGAAUGACACCCACACACAUACCGCCAAUCAGCAUAUGCCCGACAUCAAACCCCGCGAUCUGACCUAUAGAAACUACGACAUGAAACUGUAUCGCCCGAACGCCCCGGGGCUGUCGUUUGUCACCGAGUACAUGGUUCGCGAGACGUUCCACUGUGUGGCCAUCCUCCGCGGCGUCAUCCACCUCGACUCGAUCGUGGCCGUGUGCUUUGCCGAGGCUCAAAACCUCGCCUGGCUGCACCUGGCCGAUGGGAAACUGACGGACAAGACGACCGUCGAUCAACAGAGAGACCUAUGCACUGAGGAUACAAAGCAACUGAAGAAGAAGUACCGCGGCAAGCUGAACUCGGCCCGCAUCGACCCCACCGUGUCUGGCGGCUACCGUGGCAUCGCCUACAUGGCCUCCCUCGUCAUUGCCCAUGUCUACAGCGAUACCCCCAAUCGCAACACCCUGCUCCCGUUCUACAAUCCGACCACUGAUGGCCCACGCUGGUACAUCAACGAGCAUGCCCGCGACGAUCACAUCGAGAAGCUGAAGGAAUACCUUCAAGUGGCCAAAUUCGAGCGUGUGCCCCUCGAGAAGACGCAGCCGAACGACGACUUCAAGGAGCUCUACAAGCCCGACUAUUUUGAGGAAGCCACCCAGGAGCUGGAUGAGAGCAAGAUGCGCGAGGCCCAGGAGAAGAUGGAGAAGAUGGAGAAGAGCGGAGGAGGAGGGCCGUCACGUCAUCCACUCAAGCCAAAGGGGCCCAACAAGGCGAGCCACGGGAACCGCAAGAACAAGAAGAAGGGCGGAAGUGGCGGAGGAGGCGGAGGAGGAUCGGCGAGCAGAAAGGAUAAU